AUGGCACCGAAACGAAGAUCUCCUCGCAACUGCGAAGCGAAAGUAUCCAAGCGGCUCAAGACAGAUCCCAAUGAAAGGAAGACUGAAGAAAAGACUCAGGGGUGUUUCAUUGCCGAAAAACUCUUUGGAACUGACGUUGUUUCGGACAUCUUUUCGUUCUUGGAUGUCAGACAGUUGCUCCGGUUUGUCUGUGUCAGCAAGGAGUUCAAGUCUCUCUUGACCUAUGAUCAUGUGUUGAGAGCUACCAUGCUUUCAGGGGGCUUUCCAUUGACUUCUCUUGACAGAAUUAUUCCUCCGAUUAAGAAUCGCAGCAUUUGGAUACCUUCUCCUGUUCGACUGUUGAGAAUGGUCUGCGGCAAACGGUGCGAAGAGUGUGGUGAGAAGACGCGGUUUGUCUGCGAGUCCUUUGGCGUCUUCCUUUGCAACAAAUGCUUGGAAAAGUCCACCAAACUGUUGCGACGGUCCAAACGAUGGACACCUUAUUUGCAAGCAAAUCGUGUCUGUUUGGGACCCCGCAAGGGGUCCACACGAUUUUCCUCUUCCUACCUCAUGACGGCGCCACGAAAAGACAUAAACGGUGACCCAAUUGGCCCACUCGUUACUCUUCAAGAUAUAGAACGCAUGUCCGCAAUGACGAAAGAGUGUGAGUCAACAGCGACACCCGCCAAAAAAGUAGCAGCGUUGAUCCACACCUGUGAUGAACAGCAACCACAAGCGGAAGCUGCUGUCCAAUCCAUUGUAAAGGCAAUCAACGAUAAUCGCCAAGAUGCGGUGGAUCGACGAGUCGCUGUUCAAGAAGAAAAGGAAGAAGCCAGAGAUCGCUAUGGCGAAGCUCGACGCAUCAAGUCGGACGAGCUCAUGGUGGAACUCAUCAAGCUGCUGGAAGAGCCAGACGAACCCCAAAUCAUUGCCCAGAUAAAUGCCCGCCAAUGGAACGGUCGUCAAAACCAAUAUACGUUUAACGAAGAUUCGAUCGUCCGAAAACUCGUGGUACCAGUUCUGCGGGCACCCAGCAAAUACGCUUCGAAGAAAAAGUUGCAACAAGUCGCCGACGAACUCCGACUGGCGACGGGGGAAAGGAGACUCAUGGAACGGUAUAUGCAACAAAUUAUCGACUAUUGCGAUCAUCCAGAAGCAGACCAUCGAGUCCUGCGACGUACCUAUCGAACGUAUGGUCUGUGCUUUGGCUUUUCGAAUCCCGCCAUAAGGGACAUUCUCAAGGAACCCUUGUCGAAACCACGGGAUUUGACUGAUGAUGACGUUCAGGAAUUGGCCGUCCAAGUGAAAUAUAUUGUGUGCCGUAAAGAACCAGGGGAAGAAGUAGUAGAAAAGCUAAAAGAGAGACUAAAAGACCUUUCGUGUGCCGAUGACCUAGGCGCACGCAGUUGGAAUACCUGGAAUUGGUCUUGGAUGUUCAAGGAAGGCUACAUACAAGACAUUUUAUAUGAGCCAAUUUCCAAGCCCCACGAUAUUAGUGAUGCGAAAUUGGAUAGCUUGGAAGGACAAUUGCGGCCGGUCAUGGAAAAGAAAAAGCUAAUCAAGAACCGAAUGGAGCUUUUGUUGGAGCCAAUCGCCGAGCCAUAUCCAACAUGGAAGACCAGACUGGAGAGAUGGACAUGGAAUGCGAAAACCAAUACUUGCACUUUCUGGAACUCGGUAGGGAAAAAGGCCCUGAGCAACAAGCUUCAAAAUGUCGAGCAGUUGAGUGAUUCGGAAGUUAACAAAAUGUCCAACCUACUGAUUGCCGAAAUUCAAGAGAGAGAAGCCUCGGGCUUCCGAUUCUAG